CAGGAGCUGUACUGCACGCAACCUUUCCUUAGAUAAAUCCAACUUCGCAAGUCGUGGAUCUCAAUGGCUGAUCGACCCAUGCAACAGAGUCAUACGACUGCCCUGCCCGAUUUUGUCGAAGAAACGGACCUGGCUUUAAGUCGUUUUGGUGGCAGAAUAUGCUUUGCAACCGACGAUUGGUUUGCUGCCGCAGAGAAUUUACUCGAUCACGAGGAACCGAUUUUUAUCCCAGAUAAAUUCACAGCCUACGGAAAAUGGAUGGAUGGGUGGGAGACACGGCGAAAACGUACAGCAGGUCACGAUUGGUGUAUUAUCAAAUUGGCUUUCCCCGGUCGCAUUUUGGGCGUGGGUGUGGACACCUCCUUCUUCACAGGCAACUACGUGCCUCGCUGCUCUAUCCAAGCUGCCUCAUACAUUGAUGACAACGAACCCAUCGCCCUUCAAAAACUGGCUGCAGCACGCACUGAGGUUCCAGGUGGAGAUAAAAUAGGCAGCAAGGCCUCUGAGGAGGAGAUGACCUUAGCAGCGAGCGUCCAUUCGGAUAGUUGGGAAACCAUUUUACCCUUCACCCCCUUGGGUGCCGGUUACAAAGAUACGUGCCACAACUAUUUUGCCAUUGAAGCCACAGAGCGCUUCACCCACCUGCGCCUGAACAUGUUUCCCGACGGCGGCAUCGCGCGUCUGCGUGUGUACGGAAUCGUCGCCCGAGCCUGGCAUUUGGUCCCGGCCACCCAGGUCGUGGAUCUGGCAGCCGUUGAGAAUGGCGGAAAGGCCAUCGGAUGCAGUGACAAGCACUAUGGCCACCCUCGGAACUUGAUCAACCCGGGGCGUGGGAUCAACAUGGGGGACGGUUGGGAGACCGCUCGGAAGUUGACCCGGCCUCCCGUGCUCGA